AUGGCGAAGAGGGCCGAGGAGGACGACAAGAAGAUGACCCUCGAUGACGAGGACACCCCGCCGCGCAAGACCGGCCGGGAGCUCGACGCCAUGAGUAUGCCACCUGCGCUGCCCGAGGCUGCAUCGAGCGGCCGGGAGACCGCGCCGUCUCUCAAGCUCGGCAUGCAGUUCGCCUUCUCGAUGCUCGCGCAUGCACUGAAGAAGCCGAUGCGCAAGUCCUCCCCAUUCGCCCCCUCGACGCUCAACCCGUACAUUACCGUACUCCUCAAGCAUCCCGAAUCGUCCCCAUCAUUCCGUCAUUCGGGUGCUAUCAUCCGCUGCGCAUAA